AAAUGUCUAUUCAACACUGAAAAAACGGUGAGAAAGCAUUUUGUAAGUCUUCUGCAAGUACAUUUCUUCUUGCUCCAUCCUCAGCUAAUUCUAGUGAAACAAUUAGCUCAGGAUUUGAGUGCUAAUGAUUAGUCCGGAACCCAUAAGGACAAUUUCCAAGACAAAGAUUUAGUUACUAGAAAUGUGACGCCAGUGGUACUGUAAACUGUUUGUACUGAUAUCACCCCUGGUGCAUUCUGGGGUUAAGGGCUUUUCUCUACAGUGCAAUCGAGACUAAAUAUUAUGCACUAAAUUGUAUUUGGUAGUUGACAUGACAUGUUAAGCAGCCAGUGUGACAAGUGUCCUGUAUUGCAAGUAAAAAAAGUUGCAAGUACUGUAAGGCUGCAUCAUUAUUGCAAUAUGUCAGCUGACUGCCAGACAACCUAUUAAUGCUAACAUGGCUGCCCCAGUGCACAAAGCUUGAUUAAAGCAGCCAAGAGGACAGAUCUUACUAUACUGUUUACACCUGAUGAAGGCUUAUUUUCAUUUUAUUGUCAAAAUGAGCUCUAAAACUGUCCUAUGUAUGAUUCUAAAGUCUUCAGACUCAAAGAACUUAAAACAAUUGAGAUCUAUGAGCUUAUAACAGUAUCAAUAAAAUGUAAUUGGAGUUAAGCUGAGGCAAGCAUCACUAAUAUGGCUCAUACUUGGGGUUCAGAAUUUGAAUAGACCUUGGAAAAAAAGCUAUAAUUUUACUAUAAUCUGGCAGAUAAUCAUGCAUCAUUAACCCUUGAACGCUAUCAACCUGCUUGGUAUUCUUUAAUCAAUUCAUUAUAAACAACACAAGAAAAAAAAAAAAAAAGAAACGUUAAAAGAAUGCCUGUUUUCCCAAUUUUUUAUUUUUUUUUUGUAAAACAUUGUAUAGGGUCUCUAACUACCCAAGUAUAUAACAAUAAUGAAUCUUAGAUGACUGAAUAAAUCUAAUUCACCUUUAUUCCAAUAGGUGACAAUGUCUAAUACCCAAUGAUGAAGUGACGUUUCACUCGUAGUCGCUGCAGGCAGAAAACAAAAGAAUAGCAUCAGCACAACUUGAAGUGUUUAUUAGUGUCACUGUCACUUAAUUGUGGAUCUGGUAAAGAAGCUGUUAGCGAUCAAAAUAUUAAGUUUGAAGAUGUUGAAAAUUAUCGGUUUGAGACUGAGAUUGAAUGAAUAUGAGCCAGAUGCUGAAUGCACUGGGAAAUUAGCUCUGGCGAGGACAGUGAUGAUGGUAUAAAUCAAACAUCUGCUCGAACCGAACCUUUCCACGCUCUAAAAAGUAAAGUUCUGUAAUUGUUACUCUAAUAUCAGGGGAGUUUUAUAUUAUUGUGAAAGUAGAGAUAAAAAAUAUAUAUAAAUUUUGGGCAAAAUUUUGAGAACCACUUGCUUAAAAACUGGAUAGCAACACCCUAUUGCAUUAAAGCAGUAAAUUUUGCAUGGGCAAGCACUCAUAUUUUUGUUUAGAAACCCAUCAAGUUUUAUUUAUUUUCUCGAACUUGAAGUUGACAGAGGACUGAGCACAUCAGGCAACAAUUGCAUUGUCUAUCCCUUAGCAUUGUGGCUAAACAUAGUACAAAGCCUCUUAAGUUGGGUACGGCAUAAGUUCCUUCCGUGAGCAGUAUCCACGUAUUAGCAUGCAAAGACACUUACUUAAGAGAAAACCCCUAUUGAGGUUUUUAAUUCUGACUAAGCAACUACAUUAGUGGCUCAAGACUCUGACUUGAGACGCUGAAGCCCCAUUCUUUUUGACUCAUCUGCAUAUCACAGCUUGCCACUGUGCUGCCUAUAUUUGAUGUCCUUAUUCGUUGUUGGCUGCAGCAUCACAUAGUUGACCCUUCACCUCGCCGCAGCCAUGUCUGACAUGGGGGGACUGGGCAACUUAGUGGCCAACACAGCCUACCUGAAAGCCCAGAGUCAAGACGACAAGGAGAUGAGGAAACGAAGGCGUACCCUAAUUCUUCCCCAACUUGAAAACUGUACGAGGGUGUGUGCAGGUAUUCCCAAGGACUUUGAGGACAUCUGCGAGAGGCAGCCCAUGGGGAAAACAUGCUUCCGACAGUUCCUCUUAGCCUCCAAUCCAGAAUAUCUUGCCGCUGCAGAGUUCCUGGAGGAGCUGAAUGACUGGAAUUUAGCAGAGGCAGGUGCUAAAGAAAAAGCCAGGCAGAAUAUCAUUAACAAAUUCUGCAAAACUGACUCCAAAAGUUUCCUGUCUUAUCUGACAGAGGACAUGGCGGAGAAGUGUAAAGCCGUCUCUGAGAAGGACUUUGAGGAAGUGAUGAUGGGACAGGUGAAAGAAGCCACGCAAGAGUUUCUGAGAGGAAAUCCUUUCAAUGAGUAUCAGACUAGCCCGUUCUUUGAGAGAUUUGUUCAGUGGAAGGAAUUCGAGAAGCAGCCCAUCUCUGAUAAAUACUUCUAUGAGUUCAGGACUUUGGGGAAGGGGGGCUUUGGAGAGGUGUGUGCUGUUCAGGUCAAAAACACGGGUCAGAUGUAUGCCUGCAAGAAGCUGGACAAGAAACGCCUGAAGAAAAAAGGUGGGGAAAAGAUGGCUCUACUGGAGAAACAAAUCUUGGAGAAGGUGAACAGUCUGUUUUUGGUGAACCUGGCCUAUGCAUUUGACACAAAGACACACCUGUGUCUUGUCAUGACUCUGAUGAAUGGAGGAGAUCUGAAGUACCACAUUUACCACAUUGGGGAGAAUGGCAUUGAGAUGGAGCGAAUCAUUCACUACACAGCUCAAAUCACCACUGGUAUCCUACACCUACAUGCUAUGGAUAUUGUGUACCGUGAUAUGAAGCCAGAAAACGUCCUACUGGACAGUCAGGGCCAGUGCAGGUUGUCAGACCUGGGCCUAGCUGUGGAACUACCAAACGGGAAAACUAUCUCUCAAAAGGCUGGCACCAAGGGGUAUAUGGCGCCAGAGAUCCUGAAGCGUGAACCCUAUCGUACGUCAGUGGACUGGUGGGCAUUGGGCUGCAGCAUCUAUGAGAUGGUGGCUGGCCGUUUGCCCUUUAGAGAUCACAAAGAGAAGGUUACUAAAGAAGAGAUAACAAGGAGAACUCUUGAAGACAAGUGCAAAUUUGAACAUGAAAAUUUUGACGCCCCCUCCAAGGACAUCAUCAGUCUUUUUCUGAAAAAGAACACUGAAGAACGCCUCGGCUGCAAGGAUGACCCUCGGAAACACGAGUUCUUCGAAUCCAUCAACAUCCGUCGGCUGGAAGCGGGACUUAUCACACCUCCAUGGGUGCCCAAACCCAAUGUUGUGUACGCUAAAGACACAGGUGAUAUCCGCGACUUCUCUGAGGUUAAGGGGAUUGAAUUUGAUGCCAAUGAUGAAAAGUUUUUUAAGGAAUGCAGCACAGGGGCAGUGCCAAUUCCAUGGCAACAGGAGAUGAUUGACAGUGGACUCUUUGAUGAGCUUAAUGACCCAGAUAGGAAGAAAUUGUCAGCGGGACUGAAUGAUCAUGAUGAUGAGCAAAAAUCCAAAUCUUGCACUCUUCUGUGACAAAAUAAGAAUAUAUUGCACAACAAAAUAAAUGGUUUUAUUAACUAAUUUAACUACCUAAACACACACCCUUGUUUUUUUUUUAUCUUUUCCUGUAAGCUCACAAUUUUGAAGAAAAGAGCUUACAGUAAAUGUACUUUUACGUUUUUUUUAUUUAUUUAUUUUUUUGGUCAUAAUUAUACAUUUUAUUAUUAUUUUGUAGUGUUAUUUUCUUUUAAUAUCAAGUGCUUUUAUUGAGCAUUGGUUUAAAGGUUAUGAAUUGUGUGUUCUUCUGAUGGUUGAUGCAUUGGCUAAAUAAUGUGACGUUGCUGCGCUGUUAAUAGACAUGUUAAUAUUUUUUUCUGCAAUUGUUCAUUUUUUUUAAAAAAAAUUAUGUUGGUAAUAUAAUUUAUAAUAAUUUUAAAAAUCUAGUUUCUCUAGCUAAAUAUUUUUACAGUCACAGAUCUCAGUGACUUAUGCUUUACUGAUCUUUACUGAACUUUAACAUGUUUCCUGAGAACGUCUUAAACAGUUUGACAUGAGACAAGCUUACUUGAUAUGCAUAAAUGCUCUGAAGAACGACUAUGUUUUUUACCAUGUCUAUACUUUAUUUUUUCCACGUAUACGGCUAAAAAAGUCUAAUCGAAAAGAAAUACCUAAUGGCUAAAUGAAAUUCUAAUUGUGUUGAAAAUAUAUACCUUAAUGUCUUUAA